GCUGAAGUACUCUUCCUAAUUAGCGUGCGCGCGCAGGGCUAGUGAUACUAUUAUGACGAAGUUGUUUAGCAGACAAAAGUCGCCGUCAAACAACUAACAACAGAAUGGCAGGCCCAUCCAAACCUUCUGUUCAGGGAGGAGCUAUCAUUGCCAAGAACUAUCACCUCCUAGGAAAGAUUGGCGAGGGAUCUUUUGGAGUUAUAUUUUUGGGAAAGAAUAUCGAAAAUAGAGAACAAGUGGCGAUAAAAAUCGAGGCCAAGGUAUCUAGCCAGCCUCAAACGCUACUAGAGGAAGCGCGUUUGCUAAAGGCGUUGCACUCCACAAGCAAAGACGGGAUUGUGGAGGGCUUUCCACGGGUACUAUGGUACGGAAAAGAGUCAAAUAAUAACAUUUUAGUCGUGGAACUGCUUGGAGCUAACCUGGAUCAGCUGCUGCAUAAGGUAUCAGGGAAGUUUAGUUUAAAGACUGUGGUACAACUAGCUAAUCAGAUGAUCGACAGGAUCAAGUUUGUUCACGUGAACGACUAUAUACACCGCGAUAUCAAGCCGGAGAAUUUUUUGAUGGGUCGAAGAAACAAAAUGGAUAAGGUUUACUUGAUUGACUUAGGUCUCGCCAAAAGGUUCCGAGACCAACACGGUAAACACUUCCCUUUUCGACAAAUGGAAAAUCGGGAAAUCACCGGAACAACCCGAUACGCAAGCAUCAAUGCACAUAAAGGCAUCGAGCUGAGUCGAAGGGACGAUUUAGAGUCUCUUGGUUACGUACUGUUGUACUUCUGCAAGGGUUCUCUACCAUGGCAAGGCCUUCAAGCACGCAAUGAUCAAGAGAGGUAUAAAUUAAUUACAGAAAGCAAACUAUCCAUUUCCGUAGAAUGUCUUUGUCACGAACUUCCCGACGAAUUUAGCGAUUAUCUCAACUAUUGCAAGGGAUUAAAGUACGAGGAGGAACCAAAUUAUGACUUCAUAAAAGGCCUUUUCAAACAGCUGGCCUCAAAAAUUGAAAUCGAAUACGAUGGAGUUUUCGACUGGAGUCAGAAAGCGGCCAUAAGUGAUUCUUAAAGUACUGAACGAUCAGAAACUCUCGAGUGAAAGAAGUACUCCUUUAUGAAAUGUUGGGUUCCCAUUUUGAAAAUUUUACUGUACGUAUAGUGUCUCUCGCAGUGGAUACUAUGUGUAUUUUUUUUUUUCAAGUGAUGAAAGAAAAUAAACG